AUGUUGCUGCCACAGCAGCCAAGGGAUGAUCUUGCGCUUUGCAACCCUGGAGUUCCCAUUCCGCAAGUGGUGCCUCGGCGCUUCAGCAGGUUCAAUCUUACGACCGAAUGGAAGCGAAAGUGCUCGUCCCUGCCGCAUCCGGCGAGUGCUCCUGAUGCAAAUUGGUGCUGGGAGUACAUGAAGCACAACGGCUGCUAUGCAUCCCACGGUUCCACCACUUGGUUCGAGGAUCAGGCCAAGGUUGCCCAGUUCGGCCAAGCCCCUCCGCCUGCCGAGCUGGCGAUGGAGGCGCUCGUGCACCCAGACCUCUGUGAAAAUCCGCUUUUCGGGAGAGAGUGGCGCACUCCUUUCGAAAGCAGCGCCAGCUUGAGUUGGAUGCGCGCCACUGUGUCGGUGUAUGUGGUACACCUGCGAUCAGCCACUGACAGAUGGCCACUGGUCAGCACCAGGCUGAAAGAGCUUGGGAUCGACUUCCAAACUGUCGAAGGUGUGGACUUGACUUGCCUGGAUGACUACGAACAGGCGCUCCGGGAAGGACUUCUCCCGAAGAUGGCAAACGGAAGCCUGGGCACACUGGGCUGCGCCGCAGCCCACUUCAGAGCGAUGAGGACUGCCGCAAGAGGUCCGAAAGCCUUGGCCCUGAUUCUUGAAGAUGACGUCUGGCUGUCAGACGAUUUUCCAGCGAAGUUGAGACAGCUUGUCGACGAAGCUCCGUGCAACUGGCAGAUUCUUUCUCUCAAGUCGCGCUGCCCCUUCGGGAAGUGUGUGUCUACGCAUCUGUCACAAGUUCAACCAGAUGGGAAUGCUGGCAGAUGCAGUGGUGUCAACUUUGGCUUUUUUGCAAUGCUGUACCGUGUCAACUCACUCGACCAUAUCUGGAAGAUGCUCUACGAAGAGGUUUGGAGCCAGCAAUGCCACAAUACUGAUGUGGCGCUAGCUGGCAUCUCAGACAAGGUAGCAUACUAUGCGGUGCCUGCAAUCCAGAUGCCAGGAUUGCUCCAUGAAGCAAGGCUUCCCUCCUUGCGAGAAACUCGAAAUUCCAAGAGCUUUCCAAGCACGUGA